UGUGGGGGGAGAGUUUUGAUUGAGGUUUUAGGCGCGGGCAUGGAGGCCGCCGCGGCAUCGGCAUCGGUGGCUAUGGCGGCCUCUUCUUCCUCGUCCGCCACAGCAUCACAAUCCAGGGCGGCAUCGCAAUGCUGCAAGGCGACGGGAUCCUCGCCGCGCCACAAUCGCCAGCAUCCGAGGAAGCAGGGUUUCGGCGGAUCUUCUUCCUCCAGGUGUGGAGCUCACCCCGGCGACUCGGAUUUCUUCUUCGAUGCGGCAUUGGCGGCCACGGCAGCGGCGGCCGCGGUUCUCCCCAUGUACUGGUUCUAUGUGCAUUCGUCGUCGGCCGCCUCCAAAUCCAGGGAUAAUCGCCAAGAAUUUCGAGAAUUCGGCAGCUCCAGCGGCAUUGGAAGCGAGGAUUUUCGGCAGUUUGACACAGCGGUGGCCGUUCUUGAGCAACGAGGAGGUCUAGAAAUCGAAGUCGAGCAUGGGAAGCUACAGGCUCCCACUGCAUUUACUUCGCGAGAGUUUCAAGAAAUCUCUUCUCCAGCCCAGAAUUCGUCGACUUCCCGAGAUGAUUUGGCCCAGGUUGCCGAGUUUAGUCCCAUUCGCCUUUUAGAAAGCGACGAAAGGCAUACUCCCGAAUUACCAGCCAAGGAGGAGACCGUGUUAGAACAGGCAGUAAAAAAAUUCACCAGGAUGCCAUCGCCUCGAGGACAAGAGGAUCUCAUCGCCUACGACAGACUUAUAAGAGCUCGAAGAAUUCGAGAGAGUUUGGAGGUUCUCGAGGAGAUGGAGAAGAAAGGAACCUUGGAUAUGAACAAGGUCUAUCAUGCACGAUUCUACCAAGAAUGUAAAAGACAAUUGGCUGUGGAAGAGGCUUUCAGAUACACCGGGUUGAUCAAGUCUCCAACGCUUAGCACUUAUAAUAUGCUUCUUUCAGUCUGCUGCAACGCAAGAGAUACGAAUGGGGCUUUUGGAGCUUUCGCGGCACUGAAACGAGCUGGUUUUAAGCCAGACUGCAUGAUUUAUACUACUCUAAUCUCAACUUGUUCAAAGGCUCUGAAGACGGAUCUUGUCUUUCAGGUUUACCGUGAAAUGGAAAGUGUUGGCGUUGAAGCCAACCUUCUUACAUACGGAGCGAUCAUCGAUGGCUGUGCCCGAACUGGCGAACUCGCAAAGGCUUUUGGAAUUUACAGAAUCAUGCUCUCAAAGAAAAUAAAACCCGAUCGAGUCAUUUUCAACUCGCUUAUCAACGCUUGUGGUCGGUCUGGCGCGGUGAAAAGAGCAUUCGAAGUUUUCACAGAGUUGAAGUCUGAAAGUCUUAUCAAUCCAAAUCACGUCACAAUGUGUUCGCUCAUAGACGCCUGCUCAAAAGCAGGAGAUGGAGACUCCGCCUAUGAAGUUUACACAAUGAUGCGCAAGCGUGGAAUCGGAGGAUGCCCAGAGCCUUAUACAGCAGCUGUUCAUGCAUGCAGCAGUAGUGGCAAUUUGGAGCGUGCAUUUUCCAUCUACGAUGAUAUGAAGAAAGAUGGUGUGAAAGCAGACGAGAUUUUCUUUAGUGCUUUGAUUGAUGUUGCUGGGCAUGCUGGUAAAAUCAACUGCGCUUUUGAUGUAUUACAAGAAGUUGAAAAGUACUCUCUUGUUCCUGGUCCUGUGAUAUUCAGCUCCCUAAUGGGAGUCUGUAGCAAUACAGGAAACUGGGAGAAAGCUAUAUUUCUUUACGAAAAUAUACAGGCAGUGGGAAUUCGACCCAGCGUUUCUACUCUUAACGCUCUUAUGACAGCCUUGUGUCGAGGGAAGCAAUUCCAGAAUGCGCUCCAAAGCUUGGAAGAGCUGAAAGAAGCGGGGGUUUCUCCUAAUCAAUUAACUUACAGUAUUUUGCUGGAGGCUUGUGAGAAGGAAAACGAGGCUGGCAUCGCUCUCAACUUGUACACCCACGCAAUUGCGGAUGGUAUAGUUCCAAACUUGGCUAUGUGUGACAACAUAAUAGGUAUUUGUCUGGAAGGCAUCCAGAGCUCCAUUGGACCUCCGAAGCUUGCUUCCUCGGUUAACCCGUUGUGGAUGGUAGACGACAAUCAGAAACCGCAUGGCCAAUGGCUUUCCUGGGCCCUUGCAUGUUUCCGCCAGACACUUUCGGGUGGAGCACAGCCUACACUGCCAGUACUUUCGAGACUACUCGCUUGUCUACGAAUUCCAGAGUCAUCCGAAAGAGCAGAUACUGGUCUCGUGUUCCAAACUUCCUCUCCAAACAAGCACUUGGUGGAGGGUUUUGGAGUUUACGACCCUCGAGCCUCAGCUUUGUACGAGGAAGCCUCAUCAAUCGGUGUAGUGCCAGCAUUCAAAUGCGACGGCGAGCCGAUCGUUUUCGAAGCAGAUGGACUGCCUAUUUACACGGCGGAGGUGUGUUUGCUUACGAUACUGAAGGCCCUUCGGCGUCGCUGUGCAGCCGGCGCAGAACUUCCUUUUGUCAUCAUAAAGUUCGAGACAACAAGGAAAUCGGUGAUCCUCCCGGAUGGACGAGUAAAAGCCAUUACAGUUACCAGGAGGAACGGUCAAGCUUUGGCUGCGCUGCUGAGAAAACUUAAACUUCGUUUCAAUGGAAAGGAGAGCCUGGGGAAGAUCCGGUUGCAUCCAGUAGCUCUCUCGCAGUGGUUCAAGCCCUCGGCGGCGACGCCAUCACCAUCGUCGCCCGCCAAGGCACGAGUGGAUCACGCAAACUUGGGAGUGCUUCCCAGGCCCCUCAUGCUGGGGAAGAGCAUCGCUGAGCAGCAGCGAGCCAUACGAAUGGGGACGCCGCUUCCAUCCGAGAGGAGGCAAGGAUCCAGCCUCAACCAUCGCUUUAGAAAGAUCUCGCCCAACCAAGAAUGAAGCAUGAAAGUUUUGAGUAGAGUGGAGCUACGAGAAAAAAUGUCGAUUUGUGGUAGAAUGGCAAAUAAGCAAGCGAAGGUCUUCUAGCAAGCUAAACAGUCUUUUGGUUCGGUGGGCCUUUAGUAAAACUAAAGGCUUUUAUUAGGUUAAAAAUGUGAAGAGAUUUUAGGGUUCUUCGCUAGAGCUCGAAAUUUAGGGGAUGGAAGCCGAGAGAAUGCGCCUUACACUCCGCGGCCACGCUCUCUUGGAGCUGCUGCGGCCCGCAAGCCAUCACGCCGACGCUCACACCCUUCCUCCGCCUCCUCGCGUGCUCGAAGAAGAUCUCUGGAAUCCCACAAAUUCCUCUCGUAAGUGAUCAAUCGAGAAGAAAAAGAGUGAGAAUUCUUCCACUCACCUGGAUAGUCUGGCCGGCAUCCAAAAUGCACAUCCGUGAGCAUCACUGGAUCCUCCUCCACCACGAAUGGGAGCUCCAUUUUCAUCCCCAUCACCGCUCCAAUCCUCCGCUCCUUCCACCACGUCCACGCCACCGCCGUGCUCCCUCCAAACACCACCACCGCCGCCAAGUACUCGAGCAGCGCGAUCGUCCCCGUGGAAGGCUUGUUGUAGAUGUGAUAGACGUUGUGAUCCAGCGGGAACACGAUGAAUCGCCGGAUCACUCCCGAGAGAAGUAAGUAUCCUCCGAAACUUGCCAGGAUCACUGCUGCGUGGAGAGCGUAGCUUUGCGUGCCUGUGACUGCCUUAAACUUUGGUUUCUUGUGCGUGAGGUACUUCUCGUAUUGCGUUCCUGUGAAGAGGAUUGUCUCGUGAGAGUUGGAUGGCUUGUUCUUGAGGUCCGUGGCGUCUUGUCUUGUGAGGUACGCGUGGAUUUGGAGAUUGAGGAGAUAGGAAAAGUCUGGACAGAUCGACCAGGGUGACACUGAUUCUAAAACACUGAGCUCGUCCGAGUUUCGUAAAGUCCAGAUGAGCUCGAUCUUUUCCGGAAGUGAUCUCUGGCCGGUUUGGAUCUGGACGAACACCUCCUUGAGAAUUGGGAUGAAGGGUGUGAUCCCACUGCCUCCAGCGACGAACACCAGGAUCGAGUAGCUAGAAGAAGAACUAAGUCUAAGCUGUGUCCAUAGGGGCCUUCGAUGAUCGCGUCGACGUGAUAGUUCUUGGGGUUGGUCACGUAGUUCCUGAGCUUCUUUGUCCAAGAUCCUUUGGAUUUGAUGACCACGGAGAUCUUGUAGUCGUCCACGUUUGAGUUGGUGGUCACUGUGAAAGGAUGCCACUGGAGCUUAGACACUGUUGGGAUGUUGAGAAACAUAAUGCUCGAGGCUGGAUAUCGCAAACCUGGUUAGCUCCAUCAUGUCCGAGGAUAUUAGCUUUGCAGAAACCAUAUCGACAUGCCUCCGCGACUGGAGGUACCUGAGGAGUCUAUCAACGAAGAACAGGACCAUACCAGCCGCUAUUGUCUCCAGGCCUCGAUCUCCAGCGUGGACGGCGAAGCUAAAGAUGAAGACGAUGUAGAGCUGUGAUCCACAUGAUAAGGCUUGUGGCGAAGGCCACCGAGGCUCCGAUUCCAGCGAGGUCGAACCUUCCACCUUGGUUGAUAAACUUGAAGAGUAAAAACCAAAAACCAUGCGAGCUCGUCAGAGAGAAUGAGAUAAGCAACGGAGUGACCCGUCCAGAGAACCAAAGUAAUGUUUGCUACCCAGAUGUGGUACUUGACGGAAUGCUCGAAAGGAAUGUUCACCAAGUGGAGAAUUGAGGCGGUUCUUGCGACUGGGAAGAACAGGAAAGCGAACGGGACGAGUCCAGCAUAACCAAGCUCGUAUCCAAUGAUUUCACAUCUUCUGAGCCACCUAUAAAGAAAAAAAAACCGAAGGGGUCCUUCAAUCCACUGCUGUCCAGGAUCAUGGAUCUUGUCCAGCAAAGUUUUUAUCGGCCGCCAUGUCGACCAUGCACACAGGAGUACGAAUGCCGCUAGAACAAAGAGCUCUACUCCAGAAAUGAGCGAGAGUAUUGGCGCUUUGAUCAGUGCUGGUCGAGACCAAGCAUUGCGUAUGGAGUCUGGCAGCCUGAAAGCAUUCCCGGAGAUGAUAAAUGUUGCCGAAGAAAGCUAUGAAAAUCACAGGCACAACGUAGAGGAUCGCAUACGAUGCUGUGAUAAGAAUGGCAAAUGCCCUGGAGUCGUUCUUGUCAAGAAUGAGACCCCAGAACUUAUACCAAGCUUGCGUUGGCAGCAUGAUCCAGUUGAAGAUCCAUCCCGCAAAAACGAAGAUGAAUACGAGUUGAACUACAACAUGAACACGCGUAGUGUUCUUCAUCGUGGUUCUUCUCGAUGAGCUCCAUGCUCGCGAAACAGGCUUUUAUAUGUGCUGGAUGAGAUGGAGUGGGAUCGACGGAGCCAUUUCGAGUAGCAACCAGCACAAACGUUUGGAGUGAAGCACUGUUUCUUGUCACUUUGUUUGUGCUUUCUACUUGAUCUUUGUUAGGCACUGUUUUACAUGGUAACACUAUGCCAGUUUUUUUGGCCCUUCUCACAA